AUGUCCAACGAUUCUACCAGCCAGCCGAUAGCCGGCAUUCACACCUUUGACCUGUCAUCCGUGUGGCUCGGUGACAUCGCGUUGUGGCUGCGCACUGUAGAGUCACGAUUCGCCCUCCAUCAGAUCACACGAGAGAAUACGAAAUUUCACUAUGUUGUGGCAGCACUCCCAAUGGACAUCGCCACCGACCUCCGCGACAUCAUAGAUUGCCCGCCCACAGAAGCCCCUUAUACUGCCCUAAAGGAGGCUCUCAUUUCCCGCAUUUCCCUCUCAACGCAAAAACGUCUCCAACGUUUAAUUUCUGAGGAGGACCUCGGUGACAGGAAGCCUACGCAGCUUCUUAGGCGUUUGGAGCAGUUGGCAGACGGACAAAAGCUGGAUGCCACCAUGUUCAAGCAACUUUUCCUCCAACGGUUGCCUCCCUCUGUGCAAGCCAUCCUUGCGCCUAACAUUCCUUCAUCGACUGUUCAGAUGCUCGCGGAGACUGCUGACCGUAUACUCGAGUACUACCAGCCUCCUGUUACGGUUAACGUCGCUAGUCGAAGCACAACUGCCCCCACAAUCGAGGAUGUCGUCAAACGCCUGGAUGCCCUCACUCUCGAAGUUUCCUAG